AUGGAGUCCGGUGCUUAUGCCACCUUGGAUGCUGGCAAAGAUAUCGAAGGCUUGUUGGGAGCGGGCGGGUGUCGGAAUCUGGUCUCCCACUCGCCACUGGCGAGUCACCCUUCAGCGCCUGCGCUACUGCCCACCCCCAAUUAUACCCCCAUAGAUUUGCCUGGCUCCGGGGAGCCGCCAAAGCAGUGUCACCCAUGCCCCGGGGUGCCGCAGGGAGGCUCCCCAACAUCCGUUCCUUAUGGCUACUUUGGUGGAGGCUACUAUUCCUGUCGAGUGUCCCGGAGUUCGCUGAAACCGUGCACCCAGGCAGCUACCCUGGCUGCCUAUCCCACGGAGACCACUGCAGCGGGGGAGGAGUAUCCUAGCCGUCCUGCAGAGUUUGCCUUUUAUCCUGGGUACCCAGGGCCCUAUCAGCCCGUGGCUAGUUACCUGGACGUGUCGGUGGUGCAAACUCUUGGAGGCCCUGGGGAGCCCCGCCACGACACCCUGUUGCCAGUGGACAGUUACCAGCCCUGGGCCCUCGCCAGUGGUUGGAGUGGCCAGAUGUGUUGCCAAGGGGAACAGAACCAGCCCGGUCAUUUCUGGAAGGCUGCAUUUGCAGACGCCUCGGCCCAGCAUCCGCCGGACGGCUGUUCCUACCGCCGGGGCCGCAAGAAACGGAUCCCGUAUAGCAAGGGUCAACUGAGGGAGCUGGAGCGGGAAUAUGCCGCCAACAAAUUCGUCACCAAGGACAAGAGGCGCAAGAUCUCGGCGGCUACCAGCCUUUCGGAGCGACAGAUCACCAUUUGGUUCCAGAACCGCAGAGUCAAGGAGAAGAAGGUCUUAGCUAAAAUCAAGACCAGCGCCACCCCUUGA